AUGUCUGAGGCGCGGGUGGGACACGCGGCGCUGUCGUGGCACAAGGUGCCGAACGCACAUAUGACGGCGGUGAAGCGGAGAGGGCAUUCUGCGGUGGCGCACGGGAGCGAGGUGGUGGUGUUUGGCGGAUGGGCGGCGUCGGCGCAGGAGGACAUGUGGGUGUUCAACUCGGAGACGCUGCGGUGGCGGCGGGUGGCGCCGCAGACGGCACAGGCGACGCCAUCGCGGCGGUUUGGCCACUCUGCCGUGGGCGACGGCGCUGGUGGCAUGCUGGUCUUUGGCGGCGAGUCGGGCGUGCGGGCGUUCAACGAUCUGUGGCGGCUGGACAUCGACGAGUGGGAGUGGACCCGGUUUGCGGUCCAGCCGUCGGCGCCGGUUCCGUCGCCGCGGUACGGGCACGCGGCGGUGUACUACGACGGAGUGAUGCUUGUGCACGGCGGGGCGGACCGGUUCCCGAGCGUGAGCACGGGGACAGCGCUCGACGGCGAACUGUGGGCCUACGACGUGGCGUCCAAGUCGUGGACUGAGGUCAUGCCGAUGGGCGCCACGCCUGCGCCGCGGUACGGGCACACGCUCACGGUGGUGGCCGGCUCGGUCUACUGCUUUGGCGGGUUCUCGGAGGCUGGCCGGCUCGGUGACUUGUGGCGGCUGGACCCGGUGACGUUUGCGUGGGAGGUGCUGGACCCUGUGGGCGAGCGGCCGCAGCGGCGGACGGGCCACGUCGCGGCCGAGGUGGGCGGCAACCUGGUUGUGUUUGGCGGGCGCGGGGCGUCGGUGCUCGAGGACGCGUGGCUCUACCGGGUGGCCGAGAACCGGUGGGAGCGGGUUGAGGCGACGGCGCGCGGGGUCGAGGUCACCGGCGGGGUGCUCUCACCGUCGCCGGUCUUUGACCACGCUGCCACGGUGGUCGACGGCUCGUUUAUCACCUUUGGCGGGCUGAGCGAGACCAACUCGCUCUCGGGCGCGGUGUGGUACCUGUCGACCGAGCCGGAGCGCCGAAGCGGCGAGGCGGCGACCGAGCUGGCGUCGAACCUGGCAGGCCUCCGCGGCGACGCCUUUAUCGACGAGGUCGCGCGGCUGCUCCAGUCGCACACCGCCGAGACGACCGAGGUUGUAGAGGAGUCGGUCAAGGCCGAGGUCGACUCACGGGUUGUCCCGCUCCAGGCCCAGAUCGAGGACCUGCGAAUGCGGCUGGUCCUCCUCCGGCACGGCCACGCAGUGUCUGUGCCGGCGGCGGGCGGAGCGAGCGGCAGCGGCAGCGGCGGGCGAAGUGGAGAUGGUGGAGCGGGCGUGUCGCCGUCGCGGGCCUCGAUCCGGGCCAUGGAGGAGUCAGUGGCGGAGUUCGCGUCGCGGCUCGAGCUGGUGGAGGACACGGUGGCGAGCCUGCAGACCGAGGCGGCCAACGCGUCGAUGGCGUCGUCGGGCGCCGGCGCGGGCAGCUUUGAGGCGACUGCGGCGCUCGAGGCCAAGCUGGCGAGGGUCGAGACGCGGAUGGACGAGCUCGAGGUGGCGGCGGCGUCGAGCGGCGGUGCUGCGGGUGCUGCGGGGGCGAGCAGCGAGCUCGACGAGCUGCGGUUUGCCGUGGCGACGCUCAAGACCUCGCUCCGCGACGUCCGCAAGGAGCAGUAUGCCAACCUCAAGAAGCUUCACGAGAACCAAAAGUCGAACCUCAAGGUGCUGGAGAAGCGGGUGGAGGCGCGGGUGAGCUCCAUGCUCGCGUCGAGCGGCGGGGCCGGCUCCGGCGCAGCGUCGGCGGUCGAGCUCUCGCCGGGCGUCCAGUCGGCGAUUGCGGCGGCGGUGGAGCGGCGGACGGCGGCGGUGCAGGUCGAGUACACUGCCAAGCUCCGCGAGCGCGACGCCGACCUGCGGGCCUUCAAGAGCAAGGUGCUCAUGGCGCUCGACGAGCUUCGCAUGGGCGCACGGACCGGCCCGCCACCGCAGCCCUCACCGGCACCGACCCUCUCCGCCGACAAGCAAGCCCAGCUCGAGGCGCUCGAUGCCUUUGAGGGCCAGAUUGACAACGCGCUCGCCGGCAUGACCGUCGAGGAUCUGGAGACCGAGUGAGAGAGGCACCUUCGCUCAAACGUAAACAACGACGUCGACC